AUGCCCAUUUCUUUGGCAUACCCGCCUUUGGACUUCAAGUACACUCUUGCUGCGGAUGCCUGUGCCAAGAACGAUGACAUCGGCAUCGGCGGUUGGGUUCAGCUGCCGGGUCAACCUUGUGUCUGGUUUGCAGAGCGUUUCAAAGUUCAGGAUUUCCUUGAUCUUGGCCUUCCCAUGCAAGCUCAAGCCAAUUUGGAUAUCACGUCUUAUGAGACGUUGGCACAGAUUGCUCUUGUCGUUUGCUUUGCAGCCUUCACUCAGACGGGCCGCUUGCGUGUCCGCAUCCCAUCGUGGAGCGAUAACAGUGGCACAGAGUCGGUGGCCAAUAAGCUUUUCACGGUGCGCUCGCCGGUGUGCUUCUUUGCUCAGAAGCUGGCCACACACGCAUGGCGCAGUGGCGUUACUUUGGACUGUAGUCAUAUUGCGGGUUGUCGCAACGAUUCUGCUGAUUGGCUCAGCCGUUGGGACGGCGACAUGCCGUCCGCGUGGUCAUUGGAUUACCGCGUCACCUGCACUUUGCCGGUGCUUUGGGAGGGACGUCGUGAC